UACAUUUCCCAUAAUGCCAUUGUUUACGUGUGGACAGGUCGCUUUCACUUAGCCCUGUGCUCUCCUGCUUCUUCUAAGCGUGAUUCGUGUAAUAAUGCAGCCCUAUCUUACUGUAAUGUUUAGCUUCAAAAUGAACCACUUGUUUGUCUGAAUCGUCGUGGUCUACAAACGGAGCAAACGUCAACAUGAAAUGGAGAUAACCCGUGCCAGGCCGUCCUUGUACGGAGAAAUAGCUCAUGGUCUUGGAUUCUGGACCGACCGGUCUGCAGUGCAUGAGGCUGCUGCACAGGGCCGGGCCCUCCAGCUGCAGCAGUUAAUCGAGGGAGGUGCAGCAGUUAACAUCGUGGCAGUGGACUCCAUCACCCCUCUGCAUGAGGCAUGUAUACAAGGACAGACCCAAUGUGUCAGACUGCUGCUGGAUGCUGGUGCACAGGUGGAUGCUCGUAAUAUCGAUGGCAGCACUCCGCUGUGUGAUGCCUGUGCAGCAGGUAGCCUGGAGUGUGUGAAACUGCUGUUGGAGUAUGGUGCAACAGUAAAUCCUCCACUGUUUACCUUCUCGCCGCUUCAUGAGGCUUGCAUGGGAGGUAAUUCAGAGUGUGUUCAGCUCAUGAUUGAUCAAGGAGCUUUCAUGGAGGCUCAUGACUGUCACUACGGCACACCGCUCCACGUAGCAUGUGCCAGGCAACAUUAUGACUGCGCCAAAGUUCUCCUCAAUUCAGGGGCAAAUGUGAAUGCUGCCAAGUUCCACGAGACGGCCCUUCAUCAUGCAGCUAAAACGAAGAAUGUGGACUUGAUUGAUCUUCUUGUGGAGUUUGGGGGGAAUUUAUACGCCAGGGAUAACCUGGACAAAAAACCAAUCCACUACACCGGCCUGGCGUCUCCCUCUCACCUUUGCCUGGAGUUCUAUGAGAAUACGCCCCUCAGUCUGCAGCAGAUCAGCAGACUGGCUUUGAGACAGUCCCUCGGAACAAGAGCACAGGAAGUUGUUUCCAAGCUGGACCUGCCCAAUAGCAUCAUGCGUUUUCUUUCUUACAUACCACCUCCGGUCAUUGAAAUUUAAUUUCAGGAACUUAUGAUGCAGCACUUUGCACAGAGUGUCUUCUGGCUCUCUGCUGGAUCCCUUUCUGCUAAGUCACGACGAGAUUUCCAAUUUGGUAGACGUGCAGCACAGAUGGCACCAGAAAACCAGUAGGGUACAGAGAAAAUGUCAAAAUUAAAAUGAUAACACAGUUAUCCAUCGCAAGAGCACAAUCUGUUUAGGAACCGCAAGAUAACCAGCAUAUGAAAACAUCUGCUUUUAUUUUAUUAUUCUAUUUAACCUUUGUUUUACCAGGAACAUUUUCACUAUGAAAAAACAAAAUCAGCAGCAUGAAAAGUUUCACAUGAAGAACAAACAACAGAGCAGAAUUACCAUCGGACCAUAAAUUAACAGCAGUCAGCAGUGAGCCGUGUAUACACUGAUCAAAUGAUCAUGAAUGUUCAGACAGGUUGGAGGUAAUCUUUAAAUAAACACCUGCCUACACACAGGUUCAGCAGACACAGAGUAACACAAGAAUUCCUAGUGAGUUCUGAUUAUGGAAUGACUGACUGUGAAGGCUGUUUCGUCAUGAGCGGGGGAUCCGGCCGAAGAUUUCUGCCUUUUAAUAAGACAGUUUUUUCUUACCACUGUAACUUUUGCUGCUUUGCUAAAGUGCUCAUGAUGGAUAGGCCGGAUCUUUGUAACAUAACAAUGAGUAAGGUCUUUUUACCUGCUCUUUUGUAACAUAACAAUGAGUAAGGUCUUUUUACCUGCUCUUUUGUAAUGUUAACAGACAAAGAGUAAGGUAUUUUACCUGCUUUUUGUAAAGUGUCUCGAGAUAACACUUGUUAUGAGUUGACGCUAUACAAAUAAAAAUUGAUUGAAUUGAUUGAUUGAUGACUAUAAGAAAGUUUAGUCCAAUAUUUACCUCUGAUUUUGUCCACAGUCUCUUCAUUUACUUAAACUCUGCUACACACGGGAAAAUCACGCCUUUAUCUUCUUCGUUUUGCUGCAAACCAUUUUACUAGGAAAUCAUAAAAAAAACAACCUUGGAGAGGAAAAGUGUAAAGGAAAGUGUCAAGUUUUAAAUUCCAAGUCACAAAAUUUCAGCGAGAUCCAUUUGGCCAACGGGCGCAAAUAUAAACACAGCUGCAUCAUCGGACUAAAGCGUCACACCAUGAACAGAUCAGAAUUAACUUUACAAGAGUGAUGUCUGGACUUUGAAGUUGCCAUUUUAUUCAGCUUGUCUUUGGUAAAUAGUCUUUGGGAGCAAGCUGUGCUAACUUACUCCUCCUGUUUAUUUUAGAACGUACUGCUCUGUCAGAUUGUUUGCUGUUGUGUUGGAAUGAGGUCCUGCAAACAUUACCUUGCUGCUGGAAUCUGUGUUUUCCUGCAUAGAUGUAGUGACAUUCAAAUUGCAAGUGGGAAUAUCAGCUGGGAACUAUCAGCUUUAUCCAACGGAUGCAGAAAUACUACGUGGAGUUGAAUGUACUCGUAUAACUGCUAGCUGUAUCAGAGCCUUUAACUGUUGAUUUUCUACUACAGAUCACUUUGAAUCCCUCUGGAGUUUUAAGUCAGUAUUAACAUCUAGAAGCAUUUCUUAAUCAACUUUAAAUGAGCUGUCUUGCUCAUAAUGAAUACGUGUGAGUGUGCAAUGUUUGUAACAGUUUGUUGAACCCAAAGGGACCAUGAAGUAGUCUGAUUACAAGGACUUCGUAUUUGUAUAUUUUCUGUAACUAUUGAUGUACAUUUGUAAAUAAUACAGAUGGUUCUACCUCUACGACAUUAGUGUAAAUAAACAGGACUGUUUGAAAA